AUGCCUUCCACACUUCAAAAGACACGCAAGCAAAUCUCCAAGAAGAGAGGUGGUGUCGUUGACUCUCUGCAUGAAAAGUCUAGAGACUCUAUGCGCCUUCACAAGGCGGGUAUAAGAGAUCAGCGUAUUGAGAGGCUGGCUGCUUCAAGGAACAAAAAGGAACAACCAUUAGUUGAACGCUGUACUUUCUUUCAACAUGCUCUGCGUCUCAAGGACCGAGAGAAUAAGGGUGCCCCAGACAUUGAUGAGGUCAAACGCAUGAUCCACAGUUUCGUUCACCAGUAUGAUGAAGAAUACAGCGCGGCAAAAAAGAGCCGUCGUCCUGGCCGACCCGCCAGCGUAAAGGAGGAUCUUCUCAGGGCAAAGAUUGAUAUGCUUGAGGAAGAGUACAAGGGUGGCUUCGUUAUGCCUGAUCUACUUGAAAACUCCAACGUCAACGCCCUUCAUCUCUGGGAAGGCUCUUGGUCCUAUCUCACUCACCUAAAAUGGUGCAAGGUCAACAGCAAAGGUCAAGUCAGACCUACCAGCUUUCCUUCAGGCGGCACCAACUGA